UUUGUUUAGGUAAUGCUACACCGCUGCUCUGGAUGAAGUUUCUGUUCACGUCAGGCUCAGAGCUCCAGUUUAAAAGUGGCAGCGCUUGGCAGUGAAUGAUGUCUCUGCCAUGAAAGAGUCUGGAGGACAGCUGGGGCUUCGUUCGGUGCUGUCCGGACCACUUCCAGUCACCUGGAGGAGCAGGAAGGAAACCUGAGGGAGACAGACAUCUGUGACUCUGGCCUGGCUGGUGUUGCACCUGGAGGUGUGGACGACAUGGCAGGUCCACAGCAGACCGAGCUGUCAUUCGCGUGGGAAAAGUACAUGGACUGUAGACUGCAAGGAGCGGAUCUGCAGGUCAGCCUCCAGAGUCUAGAGAAUUUCCUCUGUCUCUUCCACUACGUGCAGCAUCACCCCAACCACAGCACCAAAGAUGCCCUGAAGUUCUGCUCAGAUAUGAGUGGGGCCAGUAACACUCUGGCGAGGGAGUUCCUGACUGAUGUUCAUCAACUAUGCAGUGCGGUGGCUCAGAGAGCAGAGGCACGGGAAGAAGACGAGGAGGAGAGUCACAUGGUGGCACUGGGGGAGUACCUGGUCAGGGGACGUGGCUUCCUGCUGCUCAGCACCCUUGACUCAAUUAUUGACCAGGAGCUGACCUGUCGUGAGGAGCUGCUUACUUUGCUGCUGUCUCUUCUGCCGCUGGUCUGGAAGAUCCCUGUUCAGGAGGAAAAAGCCCCAGAUUUCACGCUGCCGUCCCUACUGGAGGUAUUCCUCGGCCGGGAGGUGAAGGCCGUCCAUCUCAAGGCAGGACAGAAGGCUGCGACAGAUGAGCAGAGCUCUGGGAAGAGGUCGCGCGUUGGCAGCGGAACCUGGAAGUCAAGGAGGUCACACCGAGCAGCACAGAGAUACUCUGUAAAGGAUGCUCGCAAGUCCCAGGUUUCUACCUCAGAUUCAGAAGCCAACUCUGAAGACAAAGCAGGCGCAGGUGGUGCGAGGAGUCGAAGAUCACACAGUUCAACGAUCAGGUUAAGCUCUCAGCAUCAUCGUUCGGAGGCCUCGCAGUUCGCAUCCACUACCAGCACCACCAAAGAAAUCAUGAGUGCACCAUACCCCCAUCCCCGCCCGCCUGGAUCCCAGACAGUGGACACUGAAACCCUGACAGACCCAGCUGCAAUAUCAAUAUUUAACCGCAUGGAAAACUCACCGUUUGAUCUCUGUCAUGUGCUGCUUUCCUUGUUGGAGAAGGUGUGUAAGUUCGACAUGAACAUCAACCACAACCCUGGCCUGGCAGUCAGUGUUGUUCCAACUCUCACUGAGAUCCUUUCUGAGUUUGGCGACUGUUGUGGUCCAGGAGGUGGCAGUGGAACCGGGGCAGAGGAGCUUGCUGGAGGCUGGACCGAAGAGCCCAUUGCCUUGGUCCAGAGGAUGCUACUGCGCACCAUCUUGCACCUGAUGUCAGUUGAUGUGAGUCAGUGUGAAACCCUUCCAGACAGCCUGAGACGCAGCCUGACAGACCUGCUACGAGCCACCCUCAAAAUCCAAAGCUGCUUGGACAGACAGACCAACCCCUUUGCACCUAGGCCCAAGAAAACCUUGCAGGAGGUCCAGGAUGAGUUUUCAUUCUCCCGCUAUCGUCACAGGGCUUUACUGCUGCCAGAGCUUCUAGAGGGAGUACUGCAAGUGCUGCUGGGUUGCCUGCAGGCUUCCACACCCAACCCCUUCUUCUUUAGCCAGGCACUGGAGCUUAUCCAUGAAUUUGUCCAGCGCCGGGGACUAGAGCUGUUUGAGGCCACCGUGUUGCGGCUGGAGGGGCUCGGCAGGGCGAGGGAUUCUGAAGUAGGAGGUGAGGCCUCUGAGAGGCUAAGAGGUCUGAUUGCAGGGGUCUUCAAGAUCAUAAGUGCCAUCAAGAAGGCAAAGUCAGAGCAGCUGCAUCAGUCUGUGUGUGCCCGACGCCGUCAUCGUCGCUGUGAAUAUUCACACUUCCUACACCACCACAGAGACCUGUCAGGUUUGCCCAUCUCUGCUUUCAAGCAGGCAGCUAGACGCAACCCCUUUGAAGAGGACAUAGAUGGCAAGGAAGAGAUGGAGGAGGACACAGUGCGCUACCCUGAGCGGUGCUGCUGCUUGGCUGCCUGUGCUCACCAAUGUUUGCGGCUCUUGCAGCGACUCUCCCCUAGUGGACCAGCUGUACUUCAGGUUCUUGCUGGGGUGCAGGCUGUUGGAAUAUGCUGCUGUAUGGACCCCCGCUCAGUUGUAGGACCCCUGCUGCAUGCCUUCCAAGCUCAGGGUCUGCGUAGUUACCAGUCUCAUGUUCUCAGUGUGCUUGGUAGACUGAUCCUAGACCAGCUUGGCGGGGGACAGCCCUCAGAGAAAGCCAAACUGGCGUCCUGUAACAUCUGCACUCUGGACAGCAGUCAGCUGCCAGGCCUGGAGGAAACGCUGCAGCAUGGGGAACCUUCAGCAGUUUCUACCAGUCUGUGCUACCGCUCCCAAGGUAUUCUGCCAAGUGGAGGGGGGGCAGAGGACAUGUUGUGGAAGUGGGACGCCCUCGAGGCCUAUCAGGAGCUGGUGUUUGGUGAGGACUGGCAGUUGAGUCAACAAAUAGCUGGCCAUGUUUGCCACCUGACCUUGCGGGGCAAUGCUAUUGUGCAGUGGCAGCUCUACACGCACAUCUUCAACCCUGUGCUUCAGAGAGGAGUGGAGCUGGCUCACCAUGCCCAACAGCUGGGAGUUUCCACUGUGUGUACUCAGGUCUGCAGCUAUCAUGCGCAGUGUCUGCCUGUGGAGGUGUUGCUCAUAUACCUGCAAACGUUACCUGCCCUCCUAAAAUCAAGGGUAAUUAGAGACCUUUUCAUCAGUUGUAACGGGCUUAAUCAGGUGACAGAGCUCGUCUACCUUGACCAGACGCGUUCUUUGGCUUUGAAGGUGUUUGAGAUUUUGAUUAUUGGAAUCGGACACCAGCCGGCUUACGGGGUGGUUCAGGAGCUGGAGGGUGCUGAUACUGAUGAAACAGAGGCUGUCUUGAGCCUUGCUGAGGAACUUGGAUCCCGAGGGGCUGGAGAGGGCCCGCAGAGCCUAAGCAAGUUCUAUGAAGGCUUAAAGGAGGCAAAUCCACGUCACAAAAGUCGGAGCGGGCCAGGUCGUGGAUCAGGGCGCAGCCGAGCAGAGACGCACCUCCACGUUAUCAACCUCUUCCUGUGUGUGGCAUUCCUCUGUGUCAGCAAAGAGGCUGAUUCUGACCGGGACUCGGCUAAUGACUCUGAGGACACCUCAGGUUAUGAUAGUACAGCCAGCGAACCUCUUGGCGGGAGGCUGCCUUACCUGUCCCCAGAUAGUGUAGCUCUGCCCUCUAAAGAGCAGGUGCGACGUGCAGCAGAUGUCUGGUCAGUGUGUCGAUGGAUCUACCUAGCCAGUCCCUUGUUCCAGAGGCAGUUCUUCAGGCUAGGUGGACUGGAUGUCUGCCUGCGGCUAAUGGCCAUGGUUAUCCAAAAACUUUCCUGUAAGACCAAGGAUGGGAAAGCGAAGAAGAAGAGGGAUGGCAAGGGCAAAGGCAGCCCUGAGUCCACUGUGCCAGUCACACUGGAGGAGACUACAUACGAUUCAACCGACCCCCUCUGCCCUGGUCAGGGUGAGGGAAAGACCAAAGAUCCUGCAAAGAAAUUAGAGGACGAGUGGCAGCUUCAAAGUAUUCGUCUGCUUGAGGCUCUGCUGGCUAUCUGUCUGCACAGCUCUAACUCAGCCCUGCAGAGGAUAGAGCCGGAACUUUCUUAUCAGCUCCAGUCAGUGGAAGAAACCCUGUUUGAGGUGAGGGACCAGCUCUCUCGCUCAGGGGUGGUGAACUCUGACCUUGCUGUACCUCUGUUUGACUGUCUCCUGAGAGUGGCUUUGGCUGAGGUGUCAUCCUGUCCUGAUCCCCCUGAGGAAAGGCCAGACAGGGUGAGUCCUGCCUCGGGAAAACCUAAGCUCCAGGUGUUGGCAGAGGGGGCGGCUCCAGCAGACGAUCUCUCGGAGGAGGUGGACGAGGUGCAGAGCUGCGGCGUCAAGCCCCCGGGGGAGGAGGAGGGCUACGACGCCGACAGCGAAAGCAACCCUGACGACAUGGCCAAGCAAGAAGAGGGAGUCAAGGUGGAGCCCAGCGGGCUGCGGGAGUUUGCAGCGGUGGUGGACGGGCCCGGGCGUGGUGUGCUGCUCUUCCCUGAGAUCUGUACGAUGGAGCUGCAGCUUCUCGCCACUGGCUCCCCCGACUUGGAGGUUCUGAGUCAUGUGUUUCACAGUUUACUGGAUGCAGUACACGCCGACCACCGCAAUGCUGCCUUACUCUAUGAUCAGGGAGGAGUCAAAACCAUUCUCUCUGGCUUUCACAACAUCCUCAGCCAAACAGAUCCCUCCCUCACAGAUUGCCAGUCUGUGCUAGUGGAGCUCCUGGUUGCCAUGGUGAGCCAGCAAAUCACAGCGGAGGAACUGGCCCUAUUGAUUCGCCUCUUCCUGGAGAAGACCCCACCUACUGAGAUUUUAUUGAAGGGCAUCCUGCAAGUUGUUGAGGCCAAUGUGAAUAUGGAACCUCUCCACUUCCUGACCUUUCCAAUAAUCCUUGGGGCUUCGACACAAGGAGGGGUGUCCCCCAGCUCCAGACAGAACGGUGCUGCUGGUGGCAAAAGUGUUGGUUUGCUCUGGAAGGGGAAACUUUCUCCUGGACGCAGAGAGGGGGAUGUUGAAUACGGACUGAGCCAUGUCCGUUCCUCUCCCUGGCACAUCGCUCCUCUCCACUUGCCCUUAGUAGGGCAGAACUGCUGGCCCCACAUGGCCAGUGGUUUUAGCGCCUCUAUGUGGCUCUGGGUAGCAGAGCAAGAGGAGAAGGACAGGGACAAAGACAAGGAAGAGAGUAACCCUCCUGCAGCUGAGUCACUCCUGAGCUGCUCUCAGGCUGGGACAAGAUUAGUAGAAGAAGGCCUCAUUCAUAUUCUGUCCAUGGGCUCUAAGGCACUGAUGCUUCAAGUGUGGGCGAACUUCUCCACAGGCUGUCUCACAUUCAGAAUUUGUAUAGACCCAAAUGAUGAGAUAAAAGCUGGGCUACUGGCGCAGGCAGAAUCUGCUGAGGGGCUACUCAGGCCAGGCCAGUGGCAGCACCUCAGUCUCACGUACACCCAGCAGCCCGAGGGCAAGAAGAACAUCCAUGGCCGAGUGGUUGUUUGGGUGUGUGGCAUCAGGAAUUGUGAGGUUUCUUUGGACUACACGCUACCUAGAAAGUCAAGUUUAUCGUCUGACAGCAACAAAACCUUCUGCAUGUUGGGCCACUGUUCACCGUUCUGUGAGGAGCUGUUGAAGCAGGGUGGAUGCUGGAGAAUGGGCACUGUGCUUCUCUUCAAUGGGUCUAGAAUUGGAUCUGAGGAAGCCUUCUACCUGUACACCCGUGGGCCCGACCUGACCUCGAUCAUGCCCUGCAGAUACGGCAAGCCCAGUGGGUCAUUCUCCAAGUUUGUCACUAAGGAAGGGCUAAAGUGUGACCAUGUACGAGAGAUCCUAAUGAAGAACAAGGAUGUGGACACAACAGCUUUGGUGGAGAGCUUGGCAGUGGUGUAUGCCCCUGGCAGCCCCAGCGUCUACACUAUCUACGAGCCUGUAAUCAGACUGAAGGGUCAGGCCAAGACAGUGGUCACCCAGAGACCCUUCAGCUCCAAAGACGUGCAUAGUGUUUCCCUGGAGCCCCACACUCUCAGGGCUUUGCUCCCCACCGAAACUAAAGGCCUGCAGAGCGUCCUGCAUUGGAUCGGAGGAACGGGAAAUUUCGUCUUCCUCUUUGCACAGACUGUGGAGCUGUGUGACUGUGAGAAGACCCAGGCUCUGGCCCUGCAGGUGCUGCUGUCUCUGUCCAAGUUCAACCAACACCGUAUCCACGAAAUGGACUGUUACCAUGGUUACUCUAUGAUCCACCAGGUCCUCAUAAAGUCCAAAUGCAUCGUGGGAUAUCAUAUGCUGAAAACGCUGCUGGAUGGGUGUUGCAGUGGACCCAUUCUCAUCCUGGGGGAUGAUGGGCAGUUUCGUUUAGAUACCGAAUCCAUCGCUGUGGUGCAGGACAUCCAGCUUCUCUCAGACGUCCUGUUGGACUGGAAGAUCUGGGCCAAGGCCGAGUGCGGAGUGUGGGAAACGCUGCUUGCUGCCUUAGAGAUCCUCAUCAGGGUACACCACCCUGAUCAGGUUUUCAACAUCCGUCAGUUUCUGAAGGCUGAAGUUGUGCAUCGCUUCCUGCUCACAUGCCAGGUGCUACAGGAGCACCGGGACGAGUAUCUGACUGCCAUCCCACAGGAAGUCUGUUUGUCAUUCGUCAAAAUCAUCCAGGAAGUGCUCGGGUCACCUCCAGAUAUGGAUCUGCUCAAACUGAUCUACAACUUCCUGCUGGCUGUUCACCCCCCAACCAACACUUACGUUUGCCACACUCCAUCCAGCUUCUACUUCUCACUGCACAUGGAUGGGAAGCUGUACCAGGAGAAGGUGCAGUCCAUUAUGUACCUGAGACGCUCCAACAGCGGAGGGAAGUCUGCCAGCAGCUCUGUAAUGUCACUCUCCCCGACCGUCUUCACUGACGCUCAUGGCGAAGGCCCUUCCCCUGAACAUGGAAGUGAUGAUCUGUCGCUACGCCCACCCAGCCUGGCGCCAUCUCCAUUCUCCUCCCCGCUGCUGACACCUCGACUCGGACACGCUAGCUCAAAUGAGGCCAGCGAAGGUGACCAGGUCUCUCUUGCCACUCAGCAGGCUCGGGGCAGCACAGAAACGCUCAAGAAGGGCGGAGGCUGUGACGAGCAGCUCCUGAGCAGCUGUGAAUCAGCCAAGACAAUCUGUGACUCUAAGGACAUGGGUGAGGGGGGAGCCCUGCGCACGCCCUCCAUCAGCGUGGAGGAGGAGCGGGACGAGGCGGCAGAUGUGGACAGCCUGGCAGAGGGAAGCGUGGGGGUGGCAGAGUCUGAGGACAGGUUUGACUGGACCAGUGAUGAGACACCGCGGCGUCCUGACAGUCUGAAAGGGAUUCAGUCCUUCCAGAGGAGCCACAGCAACCUGGCUAGUCUGGGCCUGGCCUUUCCAGCUCCUAACGGGUCAUUGGCUAUUGGCCGAUGGCCCAGUGUGGCCGACCGAGGCUCCAUGCCUGAAGACUGGGAGAGUUACACUUACUCUCCUGGCUAUGAGAGGGCCCAGAGCAAGACAGAGUCCAAUGACAGGUCCAGUACUGAGGACUGCCUGGUGCUGAUCUGCUGCGGACUCUAUGAUCUUCUGAGGGGCGUCUUGCUGCUGUUGCCUGAUCUCAUGCUCGAGGAGGUGAUGGACAAACUCAUCCAGCCAGAGGCUCUCAUCGUUCUGGUCAACCACUCCUCACCGCUCAUACAGCAAGGAGUCAUGAAGCUCUUGGAUGCCUACUUCAGCCGUGCUCUUAAGGAGCAGAAGGAGAAAUUUCUGAAGAACCAUGGUUUCUCACUGCUGGCCAACCAGCUGUACAUCCACCAGGGCAGCCAGGGGCUUCUUGAGUGCUUCCUAGAGAUGCUAUUUGGACGGCCUGUGGGCCUGGAGGAAGAUUUGGAUUUGGAGGAAAUGGAAAAUAUCUCUCCCUUCAGAAAACGCUGCAUAAUCCCCGUCUUGGGCCUCAUUGAGAACUCUUUGUAUGAGAACUCCCUGGUGCACAACAUCUUGUGUAUGCUGCUGCAGCUUCUCAACGCCUGCCCUAAGCUGGCUGACAUCCUGCUCGACCAUGGACUGCUCUACGUGCUCUUUAACACCCUCUCCACCCUCAAUGGCAUGGAGAAUAGUAUUCCCCUGAAUGACUACAAGCUCUUGGUGUGUGACAUCCAGCAGCUGUUAGUGGCUGUGACGAUCCACUCCUGCAGCUCCUCAGGGUCCCAGUACUUCCGCAUCAUCGAAGACCUUAUUACCUUGUUGGGUUUCAUGCAAACCAGCAAGAUGCGUCGCACGCAGGAGAUGGCUGUAGCGUUGCAGUUCCGCGUCCUUCAGUCUGCUAUCGAGUUUAUAAAGACGACAGCCAAUCAGGAACCUCAGAAGCUGAGCAGCUCAGUUAAUUCAUUGAGCUCUCCACAUCAUGCCAUCCAUCAGAAGCGCAAAAGCAUUGCAGGCCGUCGUCGGUUCUCUCUGGCGCAGACUGACUCCCUCCUGAUGCGGAUGCGCUCAGUAGCCAGCGAUGAGCUCAACCAGAUGAUGCAGAGGCGAAUGAGCCAGGAAAACCCUAUUCGUGCUAGCGAGACAGAGUUCGUCCAACGGCUGCAGAGGCUUGUUGUUCUUGCCGUGAACAGACUCAUUUACCAUGAUGUGAGUCAGGACUUGUUUGACCUGCUGAAUAUCCCAGACUCCCCAGACCAACAGCUUUUCACACCAGAUCCAGGUGAUCAACUACAUGAGGAGAGUGGCUCCGCCUCCGUCCCGCACUCUCCGACUCCCUUCAUCCUGCCGCCGGCCAGCAAGAAGAGCUUUCAGAAAGACAUCCUCAAACUCAUGAUGGAUGGGAUCAAAAUCAGCCUGGGCAGCACAGGUCGGGGAGGAGCCCCACAUCAGCAGUGGCGAAGGAUCCUUUGGUCGUGUCGGGACACCUUUCGGGUCCAAAUUGGUCGCCUGCUGGUGCACACACUCAGCCCCACACUUCCCCUAUGUGACAGGAAGGAGACGCUGGAGUUUGUGUUUGAUCCCAGACAUUUGGAUAUCCUCAAGGAGAGUCUCAGCCCAGGUCUAGAGCACGGACCGAAGUUGUCGCUGUACCUGUAUGAGAUGCUGCACGAUCACAAGGACAGCCUCAACAAAGAUGAGCAGAAUGCCGUGGGUGUGUUCAUGACCUCGCUCAAGCUUUGUGGCCAUCGUUGCAUCCCACCCAAUGCUCCACAUAAACAAGACUUGCUCAGGGCCAUAAAAGAAGAAAAAAUCAAGUAUGAAACCGAAGAGAAAACAAGCAAAGUGGCGUGGGAAAAGAAGAUGGCUAACACUCAGAGGAAUCUUAUCCAGAGGCUUGAUGGAAAGUCCAAGGACAUUUCCAAGAUUGCAGCUGAUAUCACUCAGAAUGUGUCUCUGCGGCAAGGCAUGGAGAGGAAGAAAGUCAUCCAGCACAUCAGGGGACUUUACAAGACGGACCUCAGCGCCAGCCGCCACUGGCAGGAGCUGGUGCAACAACUCACUCAUGACCGAGCGGUGUGGUACGACCAGACAUCCUACCCAACAUCCUGGCAGUUGGACCCCACCGAGGGGCCGAACCGGGAGCGACGACGGCUACAGAGAUGCUAUCUUACCAUCCCCAACAAAUAUCUGCUCAAAGACAGACGCAAACUUGAAGACACUAUGACACCACCGCUGUCCUUCCUGUUUGAGGAUAAGACUCACUCCUCCUUCUCCUCCACUGUCAAAGACAAAGCCACCAGCGAGCCCAUCAGGUUCACCAGACGGUGCAUCAGCGUCGCCCCCUCCAGAGAGACAGCAGGGGAGCUACUUCUGGGAAAGUCUGGGAUGUACUUUGUGGAGGACAAUGCUGCUGAUGCUCAUGACAACCAGAGUCUUCACGGGGAGACAGAGGCACCUUCUUUUUCCUGGACAUAUGAGGAGAUCAAAGAGGUGCACAAGCGCUGGUGGCAGCUGAGAGACAACGCUGUGGAGAUAUUCCUCACUAAUGGCAGGACCCUGCUGAUAGCCUUCGACACCACCAAGUUCCGUGACGACGUCUACCACAACAUCCUGACCUCUGAUCUGCCCAACCUGCUGGAGCACGGAAACAUCACGGCCCUCACGCAGCUGUGGGGCUCUGGUCAGAUCUCUAACUUCGAGUACCUCACACAUCUGAACAAGCACGCGGGGCGCUCCUUCAAUGACCUCAUGCAGUACCCUGUGUUCCCCUUUAUCCUGCGAGAUUACACCAGUGAGACACUCGACCUGCAGGACCCAAGCAUCUACAGGAAUUUGAACAAACCCAUUGCAGUCCAGUCAAAAGAAAAAGAGGAUCGAUACGUUGACAACUACCGGUACCUGGAGGAGGAGUACAAGAAGGGUGUGCGUGAGGAUGACCCCAUGCCUCCGGUUCAGCCGUACCACUACGGCUCUCACUACUCCAACAGCGGCACUGUUCUGCACUUCCUGGUCCGAAUGCCACCGUUUACCAAGAUGUUCCUCGCGUACCAGGACCAGAGCUUUGAUAUCCCGGACCGAACGUUCCACUCCAUGAACACCACGUGGAGGCUGUCUUCCUUCGAGUCCAUGACUGACGUAAAAGAGCUCAUCCCAGAGUUUUUCUACCUCCCAGAAUUCCUGGUCAACAGAGAGGGUUUUGAUUUUGGGGUACGUCAGAACGGCGAGAGGGUGAAUCACGUGAAUUUGCCGCCCUGGGCUCGCAACGAUCCGCGUCUGUUCAUCCUGAUCCACCGACAGGCGCUAGAGUCCGAGCAGGUCUCCCAGACGCUGUGCCAGUGGAUCGACCUGGUGUUCGGGCUCAAGCAGAAAGGCAAAGCUUCAGUCCAGGCCAUCAAUGUCUUCCACCCUGCUACGUAUUUUGGCAUGGACGUGUCAUCGGUAGAAGACCCAGUGCAGCGCCGGGCCCUGGAGACGAUGAUCAAGACGUAUGGACAGACACCCAGGCAGCUCUUCAGCGCCUCUCAUAUGAGCAGGGCCACCACCAAACUCAUGAUGGAGGGGGAGCUGCCAGCCGCCAUGGGACUCCUGGUUCAGCUGGCCUUCAGAGAAACCAGAGAACAGGCCAAGGAAAUAACUUGCCCGAGCCCACUGCCGUGGAUCAAAGGUCUGAAGUGGGGUGAGUACGUGGGCUCGCCCUCAGCUCCCGACCCAGUGGUGUGCUUCAGUCAGCCGCACGGGGAGAGGUUCGGAUCCCUGCUGGCGCUGCCGACGCGAGCCAUCUGCGGGCUCUCUUGCAAGUUCUGCCUCAUGAUGAUUUAUAGCAAGGAGCAAGGUGUUCGGAGCAUGCACAGCACGGACAUCCAGUGGUCAGCCAUUUUGAGUUGGGGCUACGCAGACAACAUAUUGAGGCUGAAGAGCAAACAGAGUGAACCACCUAUCAACUUUAUACAGUGUUCACAACUUCACCAGGUGACCAGCUGUGCCUGGGUGCCCGAUGGCUGCCAGCUAUUUACAGGUAGCAAGUGUGGAGUCAUCACCGCCUACAGCAACCGCUUCACCAGCACCACGCCAUCAGAGAUGGAGGUGGAAUCUCAGGUUCACCUGUACGGACACACAGGGGAGGUCACCAGCCUGUUUGUCUGCAAACCGUACAGCAUCCUCAUCAGUGUCAGCGAAGACGGCACCUGCAUCCUUUGGGACCUCAACAGACUUUGCUAUGUACAAAGCCUCACAGGCCACAAAAGCCCGGUGACUGCCGUGUCCGCCAGCGAGACCACAGGUGACAUCGCAACAGUUUGUGACUCAGUUGGCGGAGGCAGCGACCUGCGUCUGUGGACGGUGAAUGGCGACCUGAUUGGUCACGUCCACUGCAGAGAGAUCAUCUGCUCCGUGGCCUUCUCCAAUCAGCCGGAGGGUGUGUCUGUGAACGUCAUCGCCGGCGGGCUGGAAAAUGGUGUCGUCAGGUUGUGGAGCACCUGGGAUUUGAAACCAGUGAGAGAGAUCACCUUUCCCAAAUCAAGCAAACCCAUCAUCAGCCUGACGUACUCGUGUGACGGACACCACCUCUACACAGCCAACAACGAGGGGACGGUGAUGGCGUGGUGUCGACGGGACCAGCAGCGCAUGAAACUGCCCAUGUUCUACUCCUUCCUGAGCAGCUACGCUGCAGGCUGACAUUGUGUCUGAUGUUUACCCCUGUCCAGUUCACAGCAAGAGAGGCUCCCUCCUCCUCUUUCUCCUUCUCUUCCUUCUCCUCCUUCUCCUCCUCCUCGGGGGAGGACUUGACAGCAUGGCAUCAAGCUCCCUGAUUCCUCCUUGAUUUUGAACUAAAGCCAUCCCCAGCUGAGCAAACUCUUCUCCCAGCAUCAAGAAAUGAUUAUAUAAAAUAGUAUUAUAUGUAUAUAAAUAUAUAUUUAUAAACAUACUGAAGUUGAAUGUUUUGGGGGGUUGAUGAACAUUGGUCUGAGGCUGCAACAGACACAUGAAAUGCAUUUGGUUUGGUUUGUUGAGUCUUCUCAUUCUUUUGUUUCUGACUGUUGAGAUUUUCUUGUGCAAGGUUCCUUGUGUGAUGUUGAUUUCUUGGUAAGCUGCUAUCGUCUGGCCAAAGCCAGACCCAAAGUGUGAAGACCCCCCAGUCUCUCAUUUCUUCGCCGCUCCGAUCUCCCGCAGCGCGUCGUCUGACAGUUUCCCGGAGACGCUGCAGCAGUCUGGAGGGAGGCAGGGAGCCCAUCCUCACGUCCGUCACCGGGACACGACCCGCUCUGUGAGAGUGGGAUGCCACUCUGAGGGGCUGUCCACUCCACUCAAGUCUGAGCUGUAGUGUCACGGCCCCACAUCGCUGUGUAUCUGAGCUCCUAGGGGGGGGAUGUGGGGGGAUGAAUUGCACCUUGUGUUGGAUGUACUGUCUUUCUUCUGCAUGCUGGGAUGAGGCUGACCUUGACUGCGUGACAUUUGCUGUCAUGAUACUUUGUUAUUAAUGCCUGUCAGCUGAACUGUCCUUUUGCAUUGACAACUAUUGAUAUUCAUUUAUUUUGUAAGAAUCACCAUGGAGGCUCAUCUUUACUUCUCUGCUUGCCUCGUGUUUUACUGUCUGCUGCUCGAAUGCACUAAAACCUUUCACUACUUCAUUGAGCUCGCGGAGAUUCUGAGAGAACGAUUAACAAACAUUAGCAGAGAGGAACGUCCUGAACUCACUGAUGCUUGCUACCUGUGCAGCAUGAAGAAAGUUUGUAGCAGAUGGAGGCUGGCGCUAGUUUCUGACACUGAUGAGGUUUACAGCUUAUUUCAGACUCUUAUACACUACAUUGAUCAGUGUGAGAACCAAUCGACCAAACAUUUCUUUGGAUCCAUGCAGCUAUUCUUUACAUUCCCACUCAACUUCCCGCACUUUCUGUUUGUCAGUCAUUAUUGUAUAUGAACUGAGCUUGUGUUAUAUUCCACUAAUAAAUCCAGGAAGCAAUAUCAGACAUAAACAUGCAAUAUGUCAUUUUUGUUAAUGAAGUUUCAAAGGAGGAAAAGCCAGAGGUUUGUUCCGCGGCUGUUUAACGACUUGUUUUGCCUUUGUGGUGACUGCAGUGAGCCUUCUGUUGUGAACUCACGUCUUACUUUUCACUAGUGUGUUGGAGAAAGGGAAUAUUACUUAAUCAGAUGCCUGACGUCAUUCCUUUUGUUGUUUUGAUGUUUUUUUCCUCUGCUCACUCAACUCUUUCUGUGUUACUGAGACAUGACGGUAAAGCAUAUGUUUACUUUGUUUUCAUGCUUGCACGUGUACAUUCAGUUCCUCCCUGUCAUUUUUUUAAGUAUUUGUCCAUGAGAACCACAACCAUUUUUUUUCUCUCUCUUUCUGUUUAACAUCCAUGUGUGAGAAUAUGAUAUGUUUGUUGGGUUUGUUUUUUGAGAAAAUGGCAAAAAGUCUGAGAGGAAACGUGAAAUGUUUUUUUGUGCAUUCUGACAGAAGGAAAUAUUUUUCUGUUGAUAACUUAAGCUAUGCAUAAUUUAAGAUCGUUGUCUCAGUUUUGCUUAUAUAUUGUGCUGUGUGAUCGACCUCUUUGGGCUGGUUGUGCAAGUUGGUGAACCGAGGUUAAGAAAGAUCCUAUUUUAUGUUUUGUUUGUUUGUAAAUAUGUAUGUGUGUGUAUGAACAAACCAAGUGAUGACUAUAUUAUAAAUAUAUAAAUAUAUAUAUAAAUAUUUGAAGGAAUAUUA